AUGUUCGAACCAGACCUCAGGGAGAAUGAGUUCUUCCUGGAGGAAGCAAAAAGUGCUCUUCAUGAGGUGCGGAUUACGGAAUUCACCAUUCUAAUGCGCGGCUUCAAUGUGCAUGCAGAAGCAGCGAUUGAAAAAUCGAAAUGUGUCAUUGGAAAGAACGACUCUGGCGACCUCAACAACAAAGGCUUGAAGCUGGUUGUCUUUUCGGCAAACAACGGUCUUCUGUCAUGA